AUGGCAAAACCUACAAUAUUUUUGCACGUCACACAUCUUUUUCUUUCAUUUUCAGGGGUACUUCACAAUGUUACUGCAGUAGCAGUAGUUGAAGAUGAUAUUAGGUGUUUACAGGGACUAAAGAACUCGUUAACGGAUCCUAAUGGAUAUUUGAAUUCGUGGAACUUCUUAAACUACUCGACAGGGUUUAUCUGUAAGUUCGUUGGUGUCAAUUGCUGGAACGACCGCGAGAACCGGGUUCUUGGCCUCACACUUCCAAGCAUGGAUCUCAGUGGACAGCUCCCAGAUGCCUUAAAAUAUUGUUCUUCUGUCACUACCCUUGAUCUCUCUGGUAACAGGUUCUCCGGUCCCAUUCCCUCGGAAAUUUGUAGUUGGAUUCCCUUUUUAGUAUCUCUCGACUUGUCCAACAACAGGUUUUCCGGCUCUAUACCUGCUGAACUUGGAAACUGCACCUACCUGAACAAGUUAGUGCUCAAUAACAACAAACUCUCUGGAAAUAUUCCACCAGCAAUCUCUUGUUUAAGAAGGCUCAAGGUGCUCUCCUUGGCUAACAAUAAUCUCUCUGGUAGCAUACCACCAUUUUCAGGAUUGUCUGACUUUGAAUUUAGAGGAAACAGACAUCUAUGUGGUUGGCGAUUAGCUAAAUGUGGUUGA